AUGCGUUACGGCAUUAAUAUCCUCCCGGCUUGUGUAGUCCUCGCACAUCUCGCGGGAACUACUUUAGCCAUUCCAGUACUCAAUGAUUGUCCUAACGAUGAUUCCCCGAGCCUUAUUAAACGAGAUGCAGAACCUCAUGUUUCUAUUCCUCAUGUCGUUGCAAAUUUUGAGCCUCAGCCCUCGGGAUCUCCUCCCGCAUCAUCAUCCUCAUCAGAGGGAAUGGUCACCACACAUCGACUUCAAAAACGCGCAGACCCUUGGGGGAAAAUAAAAAAGACGCUUGGUAAAUUCACCCAGAAAGUCUGUGGUACUGGUGGAAUAAAAAAGGAGGCUCUUGAGAAUUCGAUGCUUAGGCAGUCGAAUGCUGGUAUUAGCCAGCAGGAUGUCAUUGCCCCAGAGGGGUUUGAGGAGGAUGUUCUUGCACCUAUGAUCGAUCUGGGGGAUGAUAAUCAGGGUGGGAAUGUUGAUAACCAAGGCCUGAAUAACCAAGUUCAAACUACGGAGAUUAUCGUGGAAGAGGAAGAGGAAAAAGAACAGGACCCAGAUGAAUUUGAUUCCCCACCGAUCAAUCGUCGUCGUAGACAAUCGAUCCGUGCUAGGCCUGGCACCGAUUCUAAUACCAGGCCGAAUUCUGGGAUGAGUCGUUUCGGUACGGACGAGGAUAUCAGGGGCAUGAUUUCUCGACUUCCUGAAAACCCAGUUCCAGUAAAGAUCGAAGACACCGAGUUAUUUCAGCAGCGUGUCAGGAAUUUGGAUCCAAUCCCUGAACAGGCGUUAGAAAGAUCUCUAGAAUCCCUUCCUAGAGGAUCUAUACAGCUAGGUCAAUCCGGUGUACUCCCCCAGGGAUCCGUAAGAUCAGGGCAGGGAUCCGUAAGAUCAGGACAGGGAUCUGGAGAAACCGGAACGGAAAUUGGAGAUCCAAAUGAUCUGCUCAUUAGUCUAAGUGAGUCUAUGAAGAAUCCUUUUAUACCGGGAGAAAAAGGCAGAGAGUUCUACAGAGAAGAAAGACUUUGGCCCGAAGAUGAACUGGUCUUUUCGGACGAGGAAGCUGAUGUGGCGGGUGUAGGCCAAACUGGGAUGAACGAUCAACCGCAAAAUAACCAGGGCGAGGACAAAAUGCGCAAAGACAUUGACAUCUCACCUUACACCGAACAUCCAGGUGUCUUAGAUUACCUUCGCGGCCAAAGAGGUAAAAAUGUGGUUGUUGUGGAUCCAAAUGCACCAGAAGAGAAAAAAGAAAGUUUCUUUAGACGUAUCUGGAAAGGACGUUACAAAGAACCCGAGAAAGUACUGAACACCGGCCCCCGUGAAACCCUUCCUAGUUAUGACGGCCCGAUAGUCUACCAACCAGGCUGGGUGGUCAACCCUGCCGAGGUCAUGGCAGAAACAGCUGCGCGAGAGCGUGAUGAGGAGCGUCGUAAAGCCGCACUAGGGUUGGCGCCAGAAGUGAUCGAACGACAGCGCAUCCAGCGCCAAAAACUCGAACGGGCCCCAUUAGACAGAAUGGAACAACAGCGGAGGGCGCAAUUAUUUGAUCAAUUGUACCCAGAGGGAGAUGAAGGGGAGAUUUAUAUACCAAGCAACGAAGAGCAAUCAGGUGGCAAUAACAAUCUCGACGAGCAACCCGAUAUAUUGACGACGGCACAGAUAUUCACGGAAAAUCUUGAACAACCCCAAAUACGACAAAACGUACUAGGUCGACCCCAAAUCGUCUACAGUCCCUCAAACCAACAGGAAAUUGGGAACGGAAUGAACCAGGCGCAAGUGGUUCGGGGACAAAUGAAUCAGCCACAAGUGCUUGGAGGGCAAAUGAAUCAACCACAAAUUCAAUACCCAGAAGGCGGCAUUGACGUCCAACUUGGAAGCCCAGUUCGCUCCACCCUCGCAGACCAAGAUAUAGAUGAGCAAGAUAUAAAUUAUGCCAGCUUUGCUAGAGGCCACGAAGAAGAUUUUGGGCCGGAAUCUGCUGAUUUCACUGCAAACCAAUUAAAGGACAGUAUUCGAAGUCAAGGAUGGAAUUUAGGAGUUAGCCGAAUUUCACCAUUUCCUAUAGGUGAGGAUGGUCAGGUCCAGUAUCCACCGUAUAUUGAAGGCGAGAGCAGAGAAGAGGAUCCAGAAGAAUAUAUGCAACUAGCAGACCUUGAAGGCGUUCGAGAUACGAACUUUUCGUUCGCGAAUCCAAAUCUUCUGGCUUCAUUACGUUCUGGAGGGUCACAAGAGUCACAAGGGUCACAAGUGCUGCAGGCAUCUCAAGGAUUACAAGCAUCGCAAGAAUCACAAUCUCAGGGACAGGCACCGCAGUAG